AUGGCAGAAACAAUUGUCUCUGUUAUUGCUGGGGAACUCUUGAGUAAGGUGAUGUCCCUUACUUCCAAAGAAGUCUCCUUGGGAUGGGGUGUCAAGAAUGAUGUACAAGAGCUUGGUGGCACCUUAACCACCAUCAAAACUGUUCUCUUAGAUGCUGAGGAGAAACAAACCCAAAAUGAGAAGCUGAGAGUUUGGUUGGAAAAGCUUAAGGAGGUUUGCUAUGAUGUUGAAGAUGUUUUGGAUGAAAUUGAGGUGAAAGAUUUGUGUAAGCAAGUGAUGAAUGGUCAAAGCAUUUCAAGAAAGGUACGCCACUUUUUUUCAUCUUCAAAUCCAAUUGUUUUCCGUUUUAGGUUGGCCUGUAAAAUUAAGGAGAUUAACAAAAGGUUGACAAAAAUAGCUGCUAAAAAGGAUGAUUUUAAUCUCACUGAGAAAAUUUAUAGUAAUAAUAUUUUAGGUUGGGAGAGAGAAACCCACUCUUUUGUGCAUGCUUCAGAUGUUAUUGGUAGAGAUAAAGACAAAGAGGAGGUUAUGAAAAUUUUAUUGUGUCCAAGUGAUGGUCAUGAAAAUGUUUCUGUUAUUUCUAUUGUUGGAAUUGGAGGUUUAGGAAAAACCACACUUGCUAAAUUGGUGUAUAAUGAUGAAAAAGUAAGUGAUUAUUUUAAGUUGAAAAUGUGGAUUUGUGUGUCGGAUGAAUUUUCUCUAAAAAGGCUUUUGAUUGAGAUUAUCAAUUCUGCGAUUGGGCAAAAAUAUAAUCACAUGAGUAUGGACCAAUUGCAGACAAUCCUACGUGAUAUUAUAAGAGAUAAAAAAUAUUUGUUAGUCUUGGAUGAUGUUUGGAAUGAAAACUAUGAGUUGUGGUGUGAUUUAAGAAAUUUACUAAUAGAGUGUGUUAGUGGAAGUAAAAUUAUAGUAACUACACGUAGUGAUCGUGUUGCCUUGAUUAUGGGAUAUGUAUCUACAUACAAGUUAAAAGGUCUUUCUCUUAAUCAAUGUUUGUUAGUAUUUGUUAAAUAUGCAUUUAAAGAAGGUCAAGAAAAACAAUAUCCCAACCUUAUAGAGAUUGGAAAAGAAAUUGUAAAAAAAUGUAGAGGUGUUCCAUUGGCAGUAAGAGCCUUAGGAAGUCUUCUUUAUUCCUCAACUUUUGAACAAGAUUGGAUAAAUGUGAGGGAUACUGAGAUAUGGAAGUUAGAUCAAAAGGAUAAUAGCAUUUUACAUGCUCUAAGAAUAAGUUAUAAUCAUUUGUCGCCUCCUUUGAAACAAUGUUUUGUCUUUUGCUCUAUAUUUCCAAAAGACUUCACAUUUUAUAACAUUCACUUGAUUGAGUUUUGGAUGGCCAAUGGGCUUCUCAAAGCCCACAAUGAAAAUGAAGAUUUGGAAACUAUUGGCAUGCAAUAUAUAAAAGAAUUAACGUGGAGAUCUUUCUUUCAAGAUAUUCAAGAUUUUGAAAAUGGUUUCUAUUCAUUUAAAAUACAUGAUCUAAUGCAUGAUGUUGCCACAUUAUUGUUCCAAAAUGAGGGCUUAAUAGUGAAAGGGAGUAACCUAAUUACUACCAAAACUUCUUAUCGACAUUUAUUAUAUCAUUUGGAUGCAAGUCAAGUACAGACUGGAAGCUUUUUACCUAACCUGGGUAAUUUAAGAAGCAUAAUGUUUUUUACACGUGUUGGAGAAAAUAUUACUGUUAACCAAUCAUUUUUAGAAUUAAUUGUCUUAAGAUUUCAGUUUUUGCGGUUAUUAGAUUUACGUGGUUUAGAUAUUGAAGCAGUGCUUAAAAGAAUUGGUAAUCUGAAGCAUUUGAGAAUUUUGGUUCUAUCAUUUAACUCGAAAAUAAAAAAACUCCCAAGAUCUAUUUACAAGUUACAAAGUUUGCAAUGUUUAUCACUAUUUGAUUGUGAGAAACUAGAAGAGUUAAGCGGAGAUGUUAAAUACUUAAUUAGUCUCAGACUGUUAUUCUUAACCACAAUGCAAAAGCACCUACCAAAUAAUGGAAUUGGCCGCUUGAAUUCUCUUCGAUUUUUAAACAUUUGCAAUUGCAGCAAAUUAGAAUAUUUGUGUGAAGAUAUUGGUCGCUUGAGAGUCAUUCGAAGACUAUGGAUUUCUGACUGUCCAAGUCUUAUCUCAUUACCACGUGGUGUAAUAAGUCUAAGCUCAUUAGAAGAACUUCGUUUGGCAAAUUGUGAAAGGCUUAAUCUUGAUUUGAGCAUAGGAUCAGAUGAAGAACUCAAUAGCACAGGGCCUCCCCUUCGAUUGCUUGAAAUUGAUAAUUUACCACAAUUGGUGAAAUUGCCGCAAUGGCUUCCUCGCUGUUCGACAAACACGCUGCAAACCUUGCGUAUUGGUAAUUGUUCCAACUUGAAGGCACUACCAGAGUCAAUGCAAAAACUUCAAGCUCUUCGGGUUUGGAAUUGUCCUGAAUUGUCAUCUCUACCCAAAGAUAUCAAUCAUCUCAUCGCUUUGAGAGAUCUAAUAAUUAAAGACUGCACUAAACUGACGGAAAGAUGCAAACCAGAAGGAGGUGACGAUUGGCCCAAGAUUGCUCAUAUCCCGAAGAUUAAACUUGACGGAGAGAUUAUCAAGUCAACCGAAAAUUAGGGGAAACUUGAAUCAAAUGUGUGAGCUUUUAAUCUCAUAAAUUCUUCAAUUUCCAUGAAUUAUGAACCCUAAUUCAACCAACUGACAGGAGGAAUUAUUCAUUUUACUUCUUCUACGUAUUAAGCAUUGGUGUUCGAUCUAUUGCUUCAUGUUUUUCCAGGACUCAGGGAGAUUAAGCCAAAUGGUGCAGUCAGUAAAGCAAAUCUUCCUCUAGUUUGAUUCAGAAUUUCAGUGUUUACAAUUAUAAUUCAGCGUUGACUAGUAAAUAUUACCUUCCAUAAUGUGAUUUGUUCAAAUAAAUGUUCAUGAAUAUAUAGAGGUUUUUUUAUGUAUGUUUUAAUAGUUUUGUGGAAAUGAACAACAAGUACACUGUAAUAAGAGUUGUUGAAAUUUUGUUCUGCCAAAGAGUAGAUUACAGGGUGUUGGUGUUUGAGAAACUUCCCCUUUAACAGGAGUGCUCUGCGCUAUCUCUAAGAAAUGUUUCGAUCAAUGGUAGCAUUCCAUCUGACAUCGACGAACAUAAAAGUUUACACACAGUAUAAGGAUUUGAAUUUCAACAAUUUAAUCGGUUGAAUCCCAAGCGCUUUGUCCAGUAUUGAUUCUCUAACUCACUUAUUUCUUGGAAACAAUAGUCUGUCAGGAAGCCUUUCUCAGCAAAAAGUUGUAUAUCUUCAAAACAUGUUUGCAAGUGACCGCUAGUGCAGCCUCUAAGCUUUAAUUAGUCCUCAAGACAAUCCCCUGGAUCACUUAGAUAUUAUAGACUUAUUAUGAAGAAAGGACCUUACAAUGUUCUACUGUUACAAUAUCAUCUAUUUACCCUCAUAAUUAAUCCUGCUGGGAACUUUCCAGUUAAAAGAUUUGACAUACCAAAGAAGGAUGUGGAAGUAGAAAAGCAGUAACAAAGAUAAUUAGCAAUGUUUUCUGUGAUUGAAAGUAUUCUCCUUGGAUUGAAUUGUCUGCAGAGAAACUUCCCCUGCAAUAAGAAUGCUCUACGUUCAUUUCAAGGACUGGAAGUGGAUGACAAGCUGUGUUGGGAAUUCACAAAUUUCAGCCACCAGAUACUGUGCUUUAUCUUUGUGAGAAAGAACAUGCUGAGGGUGGCAUUACAUCUCAGCUCUUGGAAAAUUUGAGUGAAAUGUCCACAUGGCUGUUUUGGAUUGGUGGAGAAAAGAAUAAAACGGAAAGGUGUGGAAAUUAUGAGCAGAGAAGAAAGAAAAUUAGAAUUUGACAUUUGGUUUUGGAGGGCACUGACUUCUCAAAUUGCCAGAGAAUUCUAGCUGUCAGGCUCUGUUUCUUUUCUCUAUUUUCUGAAAGUUGCAUUAAGUUAAAAGACUUUAGUGUUGUGGCAAUUUUAUCUUUCACUCUUUCUUAAGCGUCAGAUAACAAUAAACUUAGACCUAGUCACCCCGACUUUCUUAAUUGUUCCCCAUCGGCCCUUCGCUUUUUUUCUUCAUUUGAGACAAUUAUAUAGUGCCCCAUGAAUCUGUAUUAACCUUUCUGAGAUUUAUCUACAUGCAAUCUGGUUACAGAA